GUUAUUAACGAAUAACUCGAUGAGUGAUGAACCUUGUCUUAAAUGACAUGUAAAACAUAUUCUUAGUUUGCUGUCUUUCAUGUUCCACAGUAAGGAAAUUUGCGGAAAAGUACAGUAAAAAUACGCUACGUAAAAAAUGUAAUCAUUUUGUGACUUUUACAAUAUUCGAUUCUUUCACACCACCAUGAGUAAUCGAGUGUUGAAAAUGGCUACCACUUAGCAAAAUCGGAAUUACUCUGGAUAUAAUUGGGAUUAUUUGUGAUGUCUCGGCUGGUGGAUUAUUUUGUAAUUGUGGGAUAUGAUCAUGAAAAAGAAAGAAGUGGUAGCAGCUGUGGCAAGAUCCUGCAGAGGUUCCCUAAGUCAGACUGGCCAGACUGUCAUUUCACUCCAGGCAUAGAACUGUUCUGCCAGCCUACAGGAUGGGUGCUGUCCAGCCAACGCCAGCAGCCAACGUUCUUCAUCUCCGUUCUCACAGACAUCGAUGCAGACCGGCACUACUGUGCUUGUCUCACGUUCAACGAGCCCGUGGCCAUGACAACCAAGCCCGACGACGAGGAUCUCGAAGACCCUGAUGUCAUCAUACCCCACCACUCACAGAUGUUUGCGCCCAAGAGUCUCAUUUUAAUCACACGCCACGACUAUUUUGAAACAUUUCGAAACUGCCUAGGCAUCAUCUACACAGCCUAUGUAGACAAGCUUCCCCAGGUAGAGAUCGAGACACUGGUAGGCAACAUGAUAGGUUGUGUUCAAGCUCCCCCCCUAGGCGGGCCCCAGGUCCGGUUCUCCAUAGGUGCCGGGGACCGGCAGGCCCUACAGCCCGCACUCUGCUCAACUUUACCCAUCACCAGGCAUGUUGUGGCCCUGCUAUUCCAACAACUAGGCAUACAGAAUGUCAUCAACGUGUUUGCGCUGUCUCUCACAGACCACAAAAUCCUCUUCCUCUCACAGAGUUUCUCUCGCCUCACAGAAUCAUGCCAUGCCAUCCUGUCCUUGCAAUAUCCACUUAAAUAUACGUAUGUAUACAUCCCGAUCCUGCCAUCUGCUCUACUGGAGGUGUUAAACACGCCGACCCCGUUCAUAGCAGGCGUGCACUCCAUACACAAAGAGGACAUCAAGGAACUGCUCGAUGUGGUUGUUAUCGACCUUGAUGGUGGAAGUGUACAUAUCCCAGAAUGCAUUGUUUUACCCACAAUACCAGAGCCUGUGCUCUCACGCACCAUGAAAGCUCUCCAUAUGAUACUUCAUCAAGACCUGCUUAUGGCGGACCUAGCAUUCCCUCCCUCACCAUGCAAAAAACCUGUGUCAUUAGAGCAAAAGGACAAGGAAAUCCGUGCUGUGUUCAUCCGUAUGCUGUCUGAAUUGCUGACGGGGUACCGGUCAUGUCUCACUCUAAUACGCAUCCACCCUGAACCCUUCAUAACUUUUCAUAAAGCGAGUUUUUUAGGGCACAAGGGUAUGGUGGAAGAAGAUUUUAUUCUCAAGGUUUUAAAUGGCAUGAGUUUUAACACAUUUGUAUCAGAGAGGGGUCCUCCGUAUAGAGUCUGUGAUAUUUUUGAUGAGGUGUAUGCCAACAUCCAGGAGAAUGUUCGUGAUGAGAAGCUGGACUCCAGCAAGAUGGUCCUGAACAUAUCUGAUCUUGCUCAGCAGCUGCAUAAUAAUGAAAAUCCUAAUCCCCAGCCAUAUGUUCAGAAAGUGCCAAGGCCCACAGAAGGUGCAUACUCGCGUAUACACCAGCCCACAUUUCCCUUCCUUGAUGAGGACAAGGUGGCAGCCAUUAUAGAGGAAGGGAUCUCAAACCAGACACAGAACAACAAUGACCUCCUCAGAUUGACAAGUACAAGGCUACAGAAGCGGAUAGUCCCGAUGGGUCAGGCGAUAUCAACAGUGGGGGACAGACAGAAGAUUGUAGACAAUAACGCACGGCGACUUGAAGUGCUCAGGAACUGUGUCAACUUCAUAUUUGACAACAAGAUCUCAGAUGCCAGAAUUAUAUUCCCGGCAGUGCUUCGUGCGUUGAAGGGCAAGGUGGCUCGCAUUGCUCUGACCCAGGAGCUGGCCCAUAACAUACAGAGCAACCGCGCCAUGCUUGAGCACCAACAGUUUGACCUGAUUGUGCGUCUGCUCAACUGCGCACUACAGAAUGAUUCCUCAAUGGAUGAGAAUGGAGUGGCAGCCAGUAUACUUCCUCUGGCCACAUCCUUCUGUCGGAAACUAUGUACGGGAGUGAUCCAGUUUGCGUACACGCUUUGCCAAGACCAUGCAGUUUGGGGCAACCAGCAGUUCUGGGAGGCUGCAUUCUACCAGGAUGUACAGAAGGACAUACGCCAGCUGUAUGCACACCAGUAUGAAGAACACAUCAUGGUACGCUGGCGUAAGGAGGGCUCGCGUCAGAGACAUAGUAUGGAGCUGAAUGUGAACCUAUCACAGCGUCUGUCCCCUGACCAGAGUCGCAGCUCAAUGAAACAGAAGGAGAUCGGGGCACUGGACAUAGCAGCUGAACAGCUGCGUAUAUGGAGCACGUUGACUGAAGCCCAGCAGCAGGAGAUGAUCAACAACGAGGAGUCUACGGUGUACAGCCAGGCCAUACACUACGCCAACAGGAUCGUGUACAUGCGAGUGCCCCUCGACUGCAGUCGCUCACUCAAGAACCUCACGUUUGACGACGAGACUAAAAGUAACAGCAACAUCACCGCUAGCUUGGCGGAGAGUGACAGUAUAGAUGCAGAGAGUGGGUUUGAUGAGACAGAGGUAAGCGGAAGUGUGGCACCUGACGUGAUCCGAUUCGUCACUCGCUUUGUGGACAAGGUCUGCCAGGACAGUGGAGUGACAGAGGACCACAUCAAGUCUCUACACCAGAUGAUACCUGGAGUGGUUGCUAUGCAUAUGGAGACCCUGGAGGCAGUAAAUAGAGAGGCAAAGAGAUUACCACCCAUACAGAAGCCCAGGAUCCUGACUCCAGCCCUGCUUCCUGGCGAGGAGAUAGUGAUGGAGGGUCUGCGUGUGUACCUGCUGGCAGACGGGCGCGAGGAGGGCACCGGGGUCAACAUGGGCGGCCCCUCACUGCUCCCUGCAGAGGGCGCCAUCUUCCUCACUACGUACAGGAUCAUCUUCAAGGGCAUUCCUUGUGAUCCUCUUGCAUGUGAGGCUGUGAUAAUGCGAGCGUUCCCAGUGUCCACUCUCACCAAAGAGAAGAAACUCAAUGUCCAGUACUUGCCCCAUCUCAACCAGUGGCUGCAAGAGGGACUGCAACUGCGCUCUAACAUCUUCCAGCUGCUGAAAAUAGCCUUUGAUGAUGAGGUGGUAGCUGAUAAUGUGGAGACGUUCCGCAAGCUAGUCAACAAAUGUCGCAACCCACCGACUGUGUUUGACACAUUUGCUUUCAGUGGCCACUCUAUCCCCCAGCCUGUCACGCUGCACAAACAGAAGGAGAAGAAUAAAACUCUCAAACAUUUUGCCAAGAAGACUCUGAUGAAGACGGCUCAAAAGGCGGGCCUGAAAUCGAAGCAUUCGUCAUCUCACCAGAAGGCCAAGUACUCGCUGUCCCCGCCACAGGCUAAUAGACGCAGCCUCACUCCCAGGUCAUCUGAUAGCGAGUCUGAAGGGGGCAGGCCGGGCAGCGAAGUGUUCGAUGAUCUGUCAAUAGUGGAUGAGAAUGAGUUUGGCUCCACCCUGAUGGCCGACCCCCAGGCUCUAGAGAAGCUCCUAGAGAAGCCUGGUUACCACGACUACGUACGUCUUGGCCUCGGCAGCCUGUCUGUCACCAGCUCCAAGGACCGAUCAAACUCAGAACCUUUCAGAAUCUCAUCUGUGAAUGCUAACUUUUCAGUGUGUCGCAGUUACCCUAUCCUGUUAGUUGUGCCACAGUCAGUAUCGGAUGACAACAUACGACGGUUUGCUCGCACCCAUAGACAAUGCAGAUUUCCCGUGAUUACAUGGCGCCACAGCCGCACAAAGGCUCUAUUACUGCGCGCCAGCAGCUUCCAUAGUCGCGGUCUGAUGGGCAUGCUGAAACACAAUACAUCUAGCACAACAUCAAGCGGAGAAUCCACUUCUAGCUUGGAGCAGGAAAAAUACUUCUCCGUGCUGGUAGCGGCGACCCCCAACAGCGCACGUAAUGGUUCCUACAAGGCCUCAUACAGUGACUCCCUCGACUCCCUAGACUCUCUCAUAAUGUCAGGGGCCACAGGGGAGUCCCUCACCAUCCCAGAAACCCCUGACAAUUUCAAACGGGCGCCCAAAACAGGCAAAUCCGUGAGAACAAGCCUGAAACUUAAAGGUCAAUCACUCACCCGGAUUGGCAGCUCCAAGGAACGCAACCGGACAAGCACUUUUGAUCCAGCCCGGUUCUCUCACCCCAAUGGAGAUGUGAGUCAAUCAGGGGACCUCAUCCACAAUUCGGUGCAGGGUCUGAAGAAAGUAUCACUAUAUGUCCUUGGAGAGAAGACACAAAUGAAGGGUGUGAAGAUGGAGUCUUUCCCAAAGUGUGACUUUAUCCCGGUGGAUUUCUAUGAGGUGCGGUAUGUGAAGGCCAGUUUCAAGAAGCUGAUGCGUGCGUGCGUGCCCAGCUCAGGCCAGGGACCGGAAGGGACUUUCCUGCAUGCGGUCGAGGAGUCUGGCUGGCUGCCACAGCUCCAGAACAUCCUGCAGCUGGCUGGCGCCACUGUUGAUCUCCUGGACGUACAGGGCUCCUCUGUCAUGGUGUGCCUGGAGGAUGGCUGGGACGCCACUACACAAGUUGUCGCCCUUGCUCAGCUUCUCCUUGACCCCUUCUAUCGAACUCUUGAUGGGUUCAAGGCUCUUGUCGAAAAGGAGUGGCUAUCGUUCGGGCACCGGUUCACACACCGGAGCAACCAGACCCAGGCAACCCAGGCCAGCGGGUUUGCACCCAUCUUUCUUCAGUGGUUGGAUGUGGUUCAUCAGGUCCAUCAUCAAUUUCCACUGUCAUUCGAAUUCAACCAGUACUACAUUAAGUUCCUGGCCUACCACUACAUCUCAAACCGCUUCCGCACUUUCAUGCUUGACAAUGAACUUGAGCGCAUGGAAGCUGGUUGGCUGUUGGAGGAGAAGAGAGCUCACCGAUUGGACGAUCUUGAUGAGGAGGCUGGGUUUACUCAGAAGCACUUUCAGCAGGGCAGCCUGGGAGUGCCGAUCUGGGACUACAUUGACAAGCUGCAUCGAAAGUCGCCUCUGUUCUAUAACUUUAUGUACAGCCCUGGUGACCAGGAAAAUGUAUUGCGCCCGUAUUCCAACCUUGCCAACCUGAAGGUAUGGGACUACUUCACGACGGAGGAUCUUGCCCAUGGCCCCUCGUACGACAUAGAGGUCGCUCAGAAGGAGAUCAGUCAGAACGAGGAGACUGAGACCCUGGAGAUGCUCGGACAACACACCCGCCGCGUGGUGAACGGUUGCUAUGACAAUGUCAUGCUCCAGCAGCCUGAUUACUUCCAGUGGCAGUUCCAGGAGAUUCAAAAGCUUGAGAGAGACCUAGAGCACCUGCCACGCAAGUGGAAAACAUUCUGGGACCGUCUGCAGACUCCGGCUCGAGACCCCAACUCCCUGCCGCGUGAGACGUCCCUCAGCAUGCAGCUAGCGCGGUCACAUGGCCGCUCCAUUCACAAGCGCUCUACCCUGGAGAUACUCGUGAAAGGGAAGAUGCUGGGAGAGGCUGCCCGGAGCUUUGCCCAGCCCCAUCGAUUUGAGGAGAUGACCUACACCACGGCCGUGAACUGUGACCUCUGCUCUGAGCUUCUGUGGGGGCUUGUAAAGCCAGGCAUGCACUGUAUAGACUGCGGCUACAACUGCCAUGAGAAGUGCCAGAGCAGCGUGCCCAAGAACUGCACCAAGUUGAAGGCCGUCAGUGACUCCUCCAACAGUAGCUCCAGCGUGUCCCGACCCAGCCUGUCAGAGACCAGAACCAUACAGGCCCCAGUUGCUGAGCGCAUUGCAAUGACAACAACUACAAACCAGAUGUAUGAGCGAUAUCCCCAGAGCUCUAAUGAGCAUGUUACACAAAAGGGCUGGCUCUACAAGAGAGGGGCCUUCAAACUGAAGGGAUGGAAGAAGAGAUGGUUUGUCCUUGAUUCCAUGAAACAUCAGAUGCGCUGGUAUGAUAGUGAGACAGAUCCAAAUGCCAGGGGCCAGAUUGAUCUGUCCGAGGUCGAGGAGGUACGAACUGUGGGCACCAAACACGUGCAGGGCAUACCAAAGCAGGGCCUACCAAAGAAAGUGGAUGAAAAUGGCUUCUUUGAGUUGAAAUCCACAAAAAGAUUGUUCCACUUCCUGGCGGCCAAUGCAGAGGCAGCCCAUGAAUGGGUGGACAAAGUACAGGGCUGUAUACAGUAAGGGCUGUUAGAGCUAGGAUAACAAAUAGAGGACAGAAUCAAGAAGGGGGACAACUCAAUGUCCUGGAAUGGCUGUAAGCACUAUGAUGACACUUGUGUUCAGAACAGCAGACCUCUUAUUGAUGUGAACUUUGUGUGCAGUACCUAUGUUUGUUCUUGGAAAUCAUGUAUUUCAAAAAUGAAGCGUUGUUUUGGAAAUACAGGGCUUAUUUCAUGUGCGCAAAGUGUGGCUCCAGACAAAAUCCAUAAAAGGGGACUGCACAGGUUUAUCUGGGACGACACUUCACACACGUGUAUUAAGCCCAGUUUUGCCAGAACAAGGCUCAAACAUUUGAGACUGUAACUAGGCUGUGUAUGCUGAUAGCUUUACCAUCUGGAAGAUGCUGCAAGGGUUCAGAUCAUGCACAAGACUUUACAUAAAACAUGAUACAUUAAGAGGCUGUGUUUUUGUACAGAUAUUAACAAGAUCAUUAGAUGCUCUUAAAAGUGAAGUGUGAUUAACAUAAUUUGUUAUCACAGAACUAUUGUUACAGCAGCUCCACUUGAGCAAAUGUUAUUUGUUCACUGUAAAGAGCUUUCACAAGGAGUUUCAUGGGUGUCUUUUGUUUGCGUUAAGUGUUAAAUUAUGUGAAAACCCUUGAGUUCUGUUAGCAUGUACAGAUCUUUUAUCUCUAGGAUAACAAAUUUGUACAUACAAUGACAAGUGUAUUGAGAUUAUUUAUCAUUUGAUCUUGUGUUGCAAGUCUUCCGUUUAGUAAGGAAGUAUGUGAUUGCAAUAGUUUUAACAUCCAAUGUGUCCAGAUGCAUUUAUUGUUUGUUGCUCUUUGUAUAUACUUAUCUAUGGCUUACAGGUAUUUGGUAGAGUUUUGC